AUGACUAAGCUCAAUAAAAUACUAAAUUAAUUUUAAAUUAUCUCAGGAAUUGGAUCUUUUAAUGAGUUUGCUAUUAAUUUCAAUGGAAUUAAGGAUAAAUAUUAAUUUAUUAACUUUAAUACUAAAGAAUUCGAUAAUCAAUAUCCAGAUACAAAACAUAACUUAAGUUAAUUGCAUCAUUCUCAUCAUUUGAAUCUAAUCUGA